ACACUCAAUUCAUCCACAACAUAGUUAGUGAACAGUGUCUUCUAAACAAAACAUGGCUUCAAGCUCCAUAGCUCUUUUCUUGGCUCUCAAUCUCCUCUUCUUCACAACAAUCUCCGCAUGCGGUAGCUGCACUCCCUGCGGAGGAGGUUGCUCCUCUCCCAAGCCCAAGCCAAAGCCAAAACCAACUCCUAAACCAAGCCCUAGCCCUAGCACGGGAAAGUGCCCUAAAGAUACACUUAAGCUCGGUGUCUGCGCUAAUGUGCUCAAGGGUCUUCUAGACUUGAACCUUGGCAAGCCACCGGUCGAACCAUGCUGCACCCUUAUCCAAGGACUCGCUGAUGUUGAAGCAGCCGUUUGUCUCUGCACCGCUCUUAAGGCUAACGUUCUUGGAAUCAAGUUGAACCUUCCAAUCUCUCUAAGUCUUCUCCUCAAUGUUUGCAGCAAACAAGUUCCUCCUGGCUUCCAAUGCUAAUCAACUAUAUCAUAUAUAAUAUAGUCACACGUAUAUUUAUCUUCUUGUUUUGGACAGACAAGGUGAUUUUAUAUACUUUUACUAUUGUGUGCUUUUAUCUUUGUGUGUUCUUAUUCUAGUCUUCCUGUUAUGGGGUUCAUUGGUGUCGAAUUAUGUUUCUCUCUUGGUGAUCCGUAAAGAUUCUUGAAGUUCACUGUUUCAUUAUUGCCCAUUACUCUUAUAUUUGGGUAUUAUUGUUGUAUUGUUGUAUUAUGAUUCUAUGAAUUAAUAAAGAAAUUAUUUUUUAA